AUGGAAGCCCUGGACCCACCUAGCUCUGCUGCGCCCACUACUGGUUCCAGUCCUGGUAGGUUCACACGCCCCCACCAUCUAAGUCGUCCCGGCCCUGAGUCUAGUGCUGGGGACAGGGCUUUCCAAGCUGCCAUCCACGGCAAGUACCCUUAUUCUUUCGACGUUGCUCUGCCUGAUGCUGCCUCCACUUCCAGAUUGCAGCCCGCUGUUCCAUGCGUCCCAGCAUCUCAAAUUCUGCUAUACUACCAGAACGUCGGUGGCAUGAACAGCUCACUCGCCGAAUACCAGCUAGCAUACAGCGACGCAUGCUACGACAUAUACGCCUUCUCGGAAACCUGGCUGAAUAACAACACUUUGUCAAAGCAGUUGUUUAACGAUACAUAUUCCGUCUACCGUCAAGAUCGAUCAACCCUCAACAGCAACAAGACCUCCGGUGGUGGAGUCCUUCUGGCCAUUCGCUCCUGCUUCGUAUCUCGCUUACUGAAACCUCCUGAAGAUUCGACGGUUGAGCAUCUGUGGGUUGCAAUUUCGACUCUAAGUGGUACAAUCUAUAUCUGCGUGAUAAACGUUCCUCCCGACCGCGUUAACGACCACAGCCUGAUUGAGAAGCAUGCACUUUCGCUGGAUUGGAUUGUCUCUCAAAUGGAUGCCAGGGACAGCAUCGUCAUCUUGGGCGAUUUCAACCUUGGCACUGUAUCGUGGCUUAGCGAUGCUCACGGCUUCUUCUUUUCUGACAAUUCCCGUUCAUCGUUCAGACCGGCUUCUCUCUCCUUGCUUGACGCGUAUUUAACCGCAAGGCUUCAACAAGUGAAUGGCGUUCUGAAUGCAAACAACCGUUUGCUCGAUCUGUGCUUUGUCGGGGAGGAUUUGGGACAAAGCUGCUCUGUUACCCAUGCUCCGGCACCGCUCGUCAAAAACUGCAGACAUCAUUCACCUCUACUGUUGACGCUUGCAAUCGAUCCUGAGAAACGCUUCCAAGACCACGCCGAAACCGUCUUCUACAACUUUCACAAAGGAGACUUCGAGCGAAUGAAUAACUUUCUCGCUAAUGUGGAUUGGAAUGCGACACUAGACUCCGGGGAUACGAAUCUGGCUGCCUCGACCAUGUGUGGUAUCAUAUUCUACGCUAUCGAUCAGUUUGUGUCUAAAAAACUACGGUGUAAACCUGCCAAACCCGCCUGGUCGAACUCUGAUCUUAAGCAUCUGAAAAAGGUGAAAAGGGCUGCACUGAGGAAACACAGUAAAUAUCACACAGAUUCUACGAAGGCUAAUUACGUCCGCGCCAACAACGAGUACAGAGAUCUCAAUGCAAGCUUGUACAACGCGCAUCAGUCUCACUUGCAGAGUCGUCUCAAAGCUAAUCCUAAGGAAUUCUGGCGAUAUGUGAACGAGUAA